GUCAUGUGUGCAAUGGUAUCAAGAUGUGAUUAGCAAAUCAAGUAGCAACCUAAUGGCCAACCUAGAAAUCCGGUCGAUCCUAUAAACGAAAAUGAAAUGUUUUCGAUGUGGAACAAAUCUAAAACGGCCUCCGAAGGCAAAUCUCCCAAAGGCUGCAUCAAUGUCUUCAAAAAGUUACUGUAACACUUAUAUGAAAGAUGUAUCGACAAAAUCCUCAAUUGAAUCACAAUAUAUUCGAAACCUUCAAUACCAGAUUUAUUAUCUGGAAAUGGAGUCGCGAUAUCUGCGGAAGUUACUUGCCAAUCAUAAAAUACCAGAAAGGUCAUGUAAAUUAGGUGAUGAUUGUGCACAAGAUUUACCUCAAUGUGUAAGAACUAACCCUGAUAAAAAAUAUAUCUGCGAACACGAUGACAAUGAUAUGUUAAAGAAACUUCACAACAUGAGAAUGGAUACUGACAUUGAAAUCCAUCACCUGAAACAGAAGUUGGCUGAGAAAGACGAAAAAUUGGAAGACAUGGAAAGAAAACUGGAUGAAAUGAAGACAACCGCUUCGAAACACUUUCACAAUUUGAAAUCGAUCGAAGACAAUUACAAAUGCUCUCAAACUCUCAUAGAAAAUUUGGUAUCAGAAAAACAUGAACAAGACAUGAUGAAAAGUGAAUUAUAUGAUGCAAAUGAAAGAUUGCAACACGUGGAAACCAACAGGAAGCUACUUAGUGAAAACAAUGAAAGGUUACGUAUAGAAAAUUCCAAUUAUAUACGGGAAAUAUCAGAUUUAAAGAAUCGUUUGGACAUUUGUUGGAGUGAAGUUGAUACCAAGAAUCAAAAGCUACAGCAAUGCUUGAGUGACCUUCAAGAGAUGUCCAAUUUUAAAAGCGAAAAGGAAUUAUAUGCUAGACGAGUAUCGGAGUGCAUGGAACAAGUUACAAAGUUACAGAGUCAGAAUAAUGAAAUGGAAAGUAUUUUAAAAAUAGCAAAUGCAAGGAAUGUAGAUAUGGAAACUAUUAACAGGAGUAUGUUGAAGGAGAAGGAAAAGUUAAAUGAAGACAAGAGGUUAUUAUUAAGUAGAAUGGCAGACGAAGAAAAGAAAAUAGAAAGAUUAAAAGAAGCGAAUUACGAACUGCAUAGAAAUCAAUCGAAUUUAGACAAAAAAUUGAAGAAUGUUGAAGAAUUGAAGGAUUUACAGAACACAUUGCACAAACAAAAGUGGGAAGAAUUUGGUUUACUGGCUAAUUCCAUGCACUCUUUAUCCCAAACAAUGUCAGCACACAUAGAAUAGCUAGAUCUGCACAUUAAUAUAUCGGCUAAGGAAUUUGAAUUCUACAACACUGAAAUAACUAAGAAUCUAUAAGAAGAAUAAUUGAACAAAUAAAAUUUCAUAAAAAA